CCUUCACUUUUUGAAUACCAGUUUAGACAAUGAAAGCACAGAUCCUUCUAUGUCAGAGGCUUGAGAAGAGACUUUGUGGAUUGAUUCUUGUGACUUGUUUGAUCCUCCUCUCUGAUGCAAUUUCUCUGAAAGGGAAAAGAAUGGACUUCCAAGGAAGACAUGAGCAGCAUGUAAGGCUGGCCCGACCCAUUCCCAGACUCAUCCGCCUUACAGCCUGUGUUGACUUGGCAUUGAUGGACCCCAACUUAAAGACCUGGAUGGCUUUUUCUUACACAACUAAAAGUACUUUGAGUCCACACAAGACAGAGCUUGAACUAGAAGGAGACCGCGGGCAGCUAAGAGUACACAUUCUGGGCAAAAUGUUUCCAGUUAAUCACAGCCUUUCCCUUUCUGAAUGGCACAAUGUAUGCCUGAUCUCGGAUGGAGUGAAAGGCAGUUUAGAGCUUUUCCUUAAUAAGACAAGGCUACUGUAUGUGGUGAUGGACAAUUCUCAGAAUAUGACGGCCAAUGGGAAUCUGGUCCUUGGGCACUUCCAUCGGAAUGAAGAAGGCCAGCUAGAUAGGGUGGCCCAAGGUACCGUGGGCAGUUUGUACUACUUUCAGCUAUGGGACCACAUCUUGGAAAAUGGGGACUUUCAGAAAUGCUACCCUGGUAAUAUGGUGAGCUGGGAGGAUGAUGACUGGUUUUUCAAUGAUAUGACCCCCACAACCGAUGACCAGCUGCACUGCUUUACUCCUGGAAAUGCAACAGUUGAAGGAACAAGCUCGCCAGUCUCUCAACUUUCAUCAACAUCCUCUAGUGCUAGAACCAUUGCUACCACACUAUCUGAGAAUCCCUCAUCUAUGGCCCCAGCAUUUCAGACCACAUACCUGUCCUUGAUACCUGUGAACAGGCCUACCUUCUCCACUACAGAAGUCUUGAAUACUCCCAGUGCUAUGAUGACUGAGCCCUCUGCAGCAACCACCCAGACAUCUUUCAUAUUGCCCACAGAACCCUCAACUGGGCCCAAUGAAACUAUGACUUUGAUCUCAUCCUCCCCAGUUGAGGACACCACAGAAACAAGCAAUGUUACUCUGAUGGACACAAUGAUGCCUUCAGCCAUCACCACUGCCAUGACUACACUGAACUUCCCAGCAACUCAUGCACCUACUGACCCAACAGCUCCUUCAAAUGCAACUCAGAACAUGCCACCAACUUCAACUGUUCCAAUCAAUAAUCUUGCUACCUCUGUAGCAAUUCACCUUUCCCCAUCAGCCCACAUUUCCUGGAACACACUGAAACCUGGGCAAGCCAUGACAGUUAGCACUUCCCUAUCUUCUGACACAAGAUCAAUGACAGCUACCACAGGGAAUACCACCAUAAUAUCUGACAUGACAGGAAGUUCAAAACCAGCCAGAACCUCUGUUUCAUCGACAACAUUGACAACCACUAAAUCUGUAUUAGCCACUAGACCCAUAUCUCAAGUUCCACUGACAACAAUCCUGCCAACAACAUUCUUACCAAGUUACAAUCCAACAAACUUGCAGACUAGAUUACCAUCUGUAGACUCUGAAAUAGCUCCUCAAGCCACAACUACAUAUGCAUCUAUACCAGGUAAAUCCACAAGUUCAGAAGGUGGAAUGAGGUCUACCUUGGGGCUCUCUAUACCACUGAUAUCCACCACAAUCAUGCCUACAAGUAUAGCUGAGACUAGAUGGCCAUUCACAUCCCUUGAGACCUUGAAGACAUCAUCAGUAUCAAAUAAGGGCACAGAUGUUGGCACUCUAGUUACUCAGACUGAUUCUGGCUCUGUAGAUUCUAUGCACACCUCCUCAGGUCUUGAACCUGGGGCCACAUCUACCUUGGGGCUCUCUGGCAUCACCAAACCACCUGGAUCUACAGUGACCAUGCCGACAAGUUUGGCUGAAACUAGGUCAUUCACAUCCCCUAAGACCUCAGGCAUGUCAUCAGUACCAAGUAAUGACACAGCUGGUGAUAAUGGAGCUUCAUCUACUAUACCUCAAGGUCUUUAUUCUUCCAUUACAAAUGUGGUGAAACCUUCAACGAUGACAUUUGACACUACACCAAUGGGUUCUUUUGCUAAUGUUUCAACUCUACCUGUAAGAAUUUCUAGCACCAUAUUAAUCUCCAGUCCUCCCCUAUCCACAAUGGCUGGGUCCUCAUCAUCUGUUACUGUCCAUCCCACAGUAACACAAAAGCAUUUCUGGACCACAACCAGAGCCUCUGUGAUGACAUCCUCCUGGUCAGCAAAUCCAUCAUCCUCUUGGGUGGGACCUACUUCUACUAAGUCUCAUGCAGUGUCUACUGCUUCUCUGCCUCUUAGUACUUCUACUACAAUCUUUGCUGCUGGAGCGACAUCAUCCUCUGUACCCAUGAUGGAGACGCCUUCCAAAUUCACCCCAAAUUCCUAUAUUUCUUCAUCCUUGUCUCCUUUUACCUCAUCUCAGACCAAGUUGCUGGGUUCUACAUUGCCCUUUGUAUCGACAGGAAUGACAAGUUCACAAAUGACAAGUUUGCCUGCUGCUGCCCAGCCCACAGGUGCUGCUCCAUGGUUGUCCUUCUACAAUAUCAGAAUGAGCUUCUUGGUGUUUGAUGACAAGUCAACGGUUCCCCUCAGCAAGACAUUUGUCAAAAACUGGGUAAAAGAUGAUUUUUUUGGAAAAGAGAAGCCUGAAAAUGGUGGUUCUACUUUCCUCAGGGCGAUACAGCCACGACCCCAGGGCCCCAGCAUGGGUGCUGUCUCCUCAGACACCUCUGACUCAGAACUGAAACCAAGGAUUCUGCCCUACUGGAAGCGACUCCAACCGUGGUCCCCUAUCCCUUGGCUUUUGUUAGCUCCGCCUCCUCCCCUCCUGCCGCUAACAACAGGGUCACUUCCGGUGGGUGAGUUUCCCAACUGCGGCUGUACGAAAAUGACUGCAAGAAUCCAGAUGGGCUCUGAUCAGUGCAGUGGAACAGAAAACAGGCACAAAAUUAAGAAGCAAUCUGGAAAUAUGAGCUAUUUGAAAGCUGAUCAGCCAGGCAAGAAGAAAAAGAACGAAAUGCCAACAUGCACUAUUGAUAUUGAAAAUGGCAAAUCUAGCUGGGGAACUCUUCGAUACAAACAAUGUAAGCUGCUCCAGGCACUUCCAGAUAAGAUUGUUGACCUUGAAGAUAUAAUCAUAAAUGAUGAGAAUGCUGAUGACGUCGCUGAACACAUUUUGAAUCUCAUACGUGACUCCCCAAGCCUAAGCCAAAGAGAAAUCAAGAUAAUUGUUUUGAAGGUGUCUGAAAUCUCAAAAUGUGAUGAAUUAAGCCAGAAUCUGGCACAGGUCCUAUUACAGAUACUUGAUGUGGUUUUGAGGACUGGAUUAAAGCCCGAGCAGCACAACCUAAGCAAUGAGAUCCUGAGGACAAUUGAGCAGGUAGGCUAUAAGAUGGAGUUUUCUGGAAAGAUCGCCAAUGUAACUGUGGCUACAUUGGCGUUAAGUGUGCUUCACAUGGAUGAGGAAUUUGAAGGCGUGUCCUUUAGCAUUCGCUACUAUGAGGAAGGUGUAGACCCUGAGGUUUAUCUAGGCAAUACCCCUGAGAGGACAGCUUUGGCCUCCAUAUAUUUGCCUAAAUCCCUGAAGGAGAGAAUUCCUUUCAACUUACAGGAGAUCUUGUUUGGUUUCUUUGGGCAGACAUCAGUCUUUAAGGUACAGCCCUCCCACCACAUUUCCCAAAAUGAAAACUUAACCACUUAUGUUGUAAGUGCCAGUGCUGCAAAUAUGUCUAUUCGGAACCUGGCUGAUCCGGUAGAAAUCACGUUACAGCAUAUCACGGGAAACAUGAAGCAGGCUCGUGUCCAGUGUGUAUUCUGGGACUUUGAGGAGAAUGAUGGACUAGGUGGAUGGAAUUCAUCAGGCUGUGAAGUAAACAAAACGGAUGUCAAUUAUACAAUCUGUCAGUGUAAUCAUCUUACUCACUUUGGAGUCUUAAUGGAUUUGUCCAGGUCUCAGGUGAACAAGGUCCAUGAAUAUAUCCUAACAAUCGUAACAUAUUCCGGAUGUGCCAUCUCUUCUCUUUUCCUGGGAAUCGCAAUGGUGACUUACCUGGUUUUUCACAAACUUCGUCAAGAUUAUCCAUCCAAAAUCCUGAUCAAUUUGUGUUUCACCUUGCUCAUGCUGAACCUGUCAUUUCUGGCCAAUUCCCGGUUUGCGGACUUCGAAAACUCUAACCUGUGUAUCACCAUGGCUGUCCUGCUUCAUUACUUUUUGCUCUCAUCCUUCACUUGGAUGGGCCUAGAAGCUCUCCAUAUGUACUUUGCUCUGGUCAAAGUCUUCAACAUCUACAUGAGGAAUUACACCCUGAAAUUUUGUAUGAUUGGCUGGGGAGUACCGGCAAUCAUCGUAGUGGUCAUACUUAUUGUGAGGAGGGAUUUUUAUGGCAUUUUGAAGACAUCCACAGCAUUCUGCUGGAUUCAAGAUGAUAUUAUCUUCUACAUCUCUGUCGUGGGAUAUUUUUGCCUCAUCUUCCUCUUCAAUCUCUUCAUCUUCUUCAUUGUUCUUAUCCAAAUCAAUUCCAUUAAGUGCCAGAAGCAGAGAAUGUGGAGAAAGAUAUUACUACAUGACCUCAAGAGUACCAUGAGUCUAACCUUCCUGCUUGGCCUCACCUGGGGCUUGGCCUUCUUUGCCUGGGGACCCGUGAGAAUCCUUUUCCUGUAUCUCUUUUCCUUUUUUAACACAUCACAAGGAUUCUUUAUCUUUGUGUUCCACUGCCUGUUGAAGGAGAAUGUGAGAAAGCAGUGGCAGGAGAACUUGUGCUGUGGGAGGUUUCUACGGAAUAACUUCUCUGCUAGGAACAGCAGAUCUGGGCUAAAUGCUGAUUACAAGGAGGACAGAACACAUAAGCACUGUGAGCAUGUAUUGGUGACACAGUCCCAAGAGGCCGAGGAGCCAUGGAAUCCAUCUCUGGCUACUUUCAGGGGUACUGAUCGAAGGCAUCAUUUGGGCAUGAGUUUUCAAAACGAAGUCUGUCGUGAAUUUGCUUCAUCACCACGGCACUGUGCUGAGGGACAACAGGAUGUAACUUCAGGAGGAUCCACACUUGAAUCCUGCCUCACCAUUUACUAGUUGUAUGAUCCACUCCGAGACCUUGAAUAACACCUACCCCCAAGGUCAUCAUAAGGAUCAAGAGUUGUUUAUAAAUGUUAAGUUGCCCUAAAAAUGUUAUUGUUCUUUUUUCCCCAUUAAAAGGGCACAAAUCUGCAUACAUUAA